AUGCCCGCCUACGAAGUUGAACACAUCACCAGGUUGACUGACGACCAGAAAGAUCAGCUAGCCGAGGCAAUCACCAAGAUUCACAGCCAACAAUUCUCGACCCCUAAGCUGUUUGUUAAUGUACGCAUAACAGAUGUGUCAAAUCACAGGACAUAUGUAGCCGGAAAACAGUAUAAAAGCAAUCGUAUAUUUGCCUAUGUACGCCAUGGUCCUUCAAGAACACAGUCAGACUACGAUGCUGUGAGUAAUGCUUUGGAAGAAGCAUGGAACACGAUUGUGCCAGGAACAGAGCUGCGACUGGUCAUGUUUUACGGAGCCAUCGUUGCUGGUAUGGAGGCAGGCUUGAACAUUCCUCCUGCCGGACAAGAUGCUGCUUGGAUCAUGGAGAAUUGGGAUAAGUUUGUUGAAAGAGCCGACGCUGGUGACGAACAUUUCAAGGACUUGGUGGAAGAGUACAAGGGUAGAAAUUGA